AUGAAGGUUCAUACUGGAGAAAAACCAUUCACUUGUGCAGAAUGUGGGAAGACCUUUUCUCAGAAAAGUCACCUUAGUGGGCACAUGCUGACUCACACUGGAGAAAAACCAUUUCCAUGCACAAUCUGUGGUACAAGAGCAUUUGCCCUAAAAAGACAUCUCAAAAAUCAUAUGUGGAAAUGCAUUGGAGUGAAGUCAGCCAGAGGCACUAGAAGUCAGAAUCCAUCUUCUGUGGAACUUCGUCGGGCUCUCAGGAGAGUGAAGCGAUACACAUGCGUAGAAUGUGAGAAGAAAUUUUCUCGAAAGCCCAUUCUCAGAGAUCAUAUGAGGAUUCACACUGGCGAGAAGCCAUUUAUGUGCAGUGAAUGUGGGAAAGCAUUUUCACUAAAAAAUACUCUGACAAACCAUAUGACUACUCACAAAGGAGAAAAGCCAUUCACAUGCAGAGAGUGUGGGAAAGCUUUUACUCGGAAAAGUGGACUGAUAUCGCACGGAAAGAUUCACUCAGUUGGGAUGUCAUUUGCAUGUAGAGAAUGUGGGAAAAAAUUUUCUCUAGAACAUGAUCUUACAAUUCACCUGAAGGUUCAUGCUUGA